AUGGGGACAUUUCAUCUGGAAAGGGGAACUCCACUUGUGGUCGAUGAUGCAAGAGCUCCCGAGCACUGUCGUGACAUGUCUGCAGAAAUUCUUAACUUCUCCAACCGGCACGGGGACUCUCCUUCUUCUUCGAGGCUCCGGGGAAAAACAACGAGAAAAUGUCCCGAGAACCAAUUCCCAGAAAUCAACCUGAAGACACAAACAGGAAAUGGAGUGAUUGUGAAAGUGAAAGCGCUUUUCCCUUCCACGGCCAUGUUUAAGGUGGAGGAGCCGAUGUUCAUGAGCUUUUCCAAAAAUGGAAUUUCCCGGGUGGGGGGAUUCCCCGGACACAGCUGUAAGCGCGUCCCUAGAAAAUCCUCAACAAGAUGGAGGAAAUUAGAAGAAUCCAGACUGAAGGUGAGUGAUAUGUUUAUGUUCAUUAAAGACAAAGGAGCAGGAGUUGACAAGUUGGAUCGAAAGUUGUCUGAGUACGAAUACUACGAGCUUACGCUGCUUUACGAAUAUUUCAAAGAUGAUGUUGUCUACGUCCUGGAAUCUUUACCUUCUCACAGUUUCUUCUGCGAAUCUCAAAAUCACAUGGACUUGGACACUGAGCACUACAGGUCUAUGGAGAAACAACUGGGUGCAGCAGCCUUUGCAUCAUUGCUGGUGGAAGACGUUCUAAGCAUGAGGAGAGAAACUCUCAUUGGGUUCUUCAAAACUCUGUGCGCUCUACAGAAAGACUACCAGCAUCCAAAUUUAUUGGUAGUUAUAAACGAGAUCAACGUGGCAGAUGAGAGCGAUGUUCAGUUAUUGGCGCACAUUCUUCAGGACAUGGAUUCUACACUGCCUUCAGAACAGAAAGAAGUCUGGGGCCUUCAUAAAAAACAUCUGCUGGACAAGACACACACCCUUGUGGAGAAAAAACCUCCAGGAACCACCUGUAAUCAACAGAAAUUUCCCAUUUCAGAGCGCUAUUUGGAUCUAAUAGUUGUUUCCACUCAUCAGUUUAUUCAACGUUCCCAGCAUGAGAUCUUAUGCACAGGUGGUCGACAUGAACAUUAUUUGCAGAAAGCCAAAAAUGGCCUGGAACGUAUUAGCACCAACAAGCUAUUCCGCUGGUGCCACCGAUCCGGAACCAUGCCACAUGCCGUCAUGGUGAGCGGGGUGCCCGGAGUAGGAAAGACCACCUUGAUGCAAAAAUUUGUCUAUGACUGGGUGAAUGGAAAACUGUAUCAGAGGUUUAAUUUUGUUUUUUCCUUUAAAUUUCGGGACCUCAACAUGCACGAUAAAGAUAUCACCUUGGAGGAGAUGAUUCUCAAGGAGUAUCCAUAUCUAGAGAAUCAUCUUAGGGAAAUUUUUCAAUGUCCGGAAAAGCUGCUCUUUGCAUUUGAUGGCUUAGAUGAAAGUAGUCACCACAUGGAUUUCAAUUCAAGUCAAUUGUGCAGGGACACAAGGCAACAGGUAAAACUUGGUACAAUUGUGGUCAGUCUAGUGAAAGCAACUCUACUCAAGGGAUGUUCUGUCUUGAUGACCAGUCGCCCAACCAAACUGGCAGACGUCAACACCAGUGACUUCCAGAGAUUAUCGGAGAUCGUGGGGUUCUUCCCUGCAGAGAGAAGAAAGUACUUUGACAAUUUUUUUAAAGAUCCUGAUUUGGCAGAAAAGGCUUUUCACUACGUGAGGGAGAACGGGACAUUGUACACAUUCUGUUACAUCCCAACAUACUGCUGGAUUGUCUGUACAGUGUUAUCAAUGAGCUUCAGAGCCCAACCAACAAUCACUGAUCAGCUGAUGACAUCAUUGCCCAAAACAGUGACACAACUCUUUGUGACUUUUGUCUCCAACCUCCUGGCCAACCACAGCCAGAUUGUCAGCAAAGAACAAGCUAAACAACAGCUGAAGGCCAUGGGGCAGAUGGCAGAACAUGGAGUCAUGAACCAUAUUCUCACCUUUGAGCAGAGAGAUCUGAAUUCAUUUCACCUCGAUUCGUCAGAACAUCUUCUAUCAAGCUUCAUGGUGGCGUCCAGGCAGUCCUCUUCUGUGACUUAUUCCUUCUUUCAUCUCACCAUUCAAGAAUUUGUUGCCGCCUUGGCUCAUUUCAUUGACUAUUCUGCAGAAAGGCUAAGGUCUUCCAUCGACAAAGCCCGGUCCUUCAAAGAUAAUCGCGGAGAGCUCUUUCUCCGUUUUCUCAUCGGACUUUCUCACAACACCACCAGAUCCCUUUUGGCUGCGUAUUUGAAUACGAAUGCUUUAGAAGCAUCCAGGCAGGUGAUCACUUGGCUCAGUGAUUUGGUUUCAUCAUUCAAAGUGGUAGGAGGCUCAGAUGAUGACAAGAAAAAGUUGCUGAAUGUUUUUGCCUAUCUCUACGAGUCUCAGAACGACGGUCUGGUAUCAAGCUUCCUCACGUCGAUGACAGGUUUCGACUUUUCAGAAUUUCACUUGGCCCCGUUGGACUGCACCGUGUUGAUGUUUAUCCUCAAGAUAAGCAGAAACACAGAAAGUCUCGAUUUAGACUCUUCUUUCAUUCAAAGUGAGGGCUUGGAGCGCCUCGGUCCAAUUCUACACACCGUGAAAGACCUCAAACUCUCUAACAAUGACCUGAAGGAUGUUGACGUGCAGAUCAUACUCAACAUAUUACUGAAGCCUGACUGCAAGAUCCAGAAACUGAGCCUGAGGAAAAAUGCUCUGACAGACACUUCUUGUCCCUUGCUGGCCCAAGCAGUAAGUGGGAACCGGACCCUGCGGGAGCUGGACCUUUCCAGGAACAACCUGACGGGGCCGAACUUUAGUCAAUUGCUAAUCGCCCUUUCCAGUUCCAAGAUAACGCACUUGUUUCUUCAGCAAGUGAAACUGAGGGAUGAGUAUGCUGAAGAUCUGCUGGUGCUCUGUAACAAUGCCAACCUGACACACCUGAACCUGAGUCUGAAUUAUCUCACCGAUGCCAGUGUCGACCACAUCGCAACACUUAGACUGAAUUCACCCAGCCUCCAACAGAUCAGGAUCGGGACGAAUGAUUUCACCAAAGAAGCAGAAGAAAACUUCAGACAGAUGCACAUUACAGACUGA